AUGCCCGGUGGACUGUCCUCCUCGCGCUGGGCGUCGUCCUCGAUUAUCCCUCCCCAGUCCUGGCCUCGGCCUCCCCCUCCGUUUGCAGCCUCUGCACCGCGACCGGCUCCCAAUGCUCCGAACAUGCCUUGUAAUGACGGUCCUUCGCCCGAACAAGAACUCUCCCGAUUCCUCAAGAUCGUCGCCCGCCUCAAUUGGAAAUUGCCGUUCCUUAAGUACGGAUACCACACGGCGACCGACCGAGAGGGCAAGACGCAGCAGGACAUCGAAGCGCAAGAGAUACACUUCAAGAUCGACUUCUACGAGUACUACAUGCUCAUCGAACGAGCCCUGGUUCACCUGAUGGGAAUAUAUGGUAUUUCCAUCUAUGCGCAGCACGGCUUUCACGUCAACGGCAAUGGCAAUGGGAAUGGUAAUGGGUUGGGAAGCGCCAAUGCAAAUGGGUACGGCCAUCCAAACGGCGGUCCGAACGAGAACCUCAAGGCCCCAAUGCCUCACGAGUCCAUCGGCCAGCACCGAUACCACGCGAACGUGCUGACGGCCCUUGACGACCCGAACAACCCCCUCCACGAGACCCUUGGAAACCCCACGGUGCGUAAGCAGCUCUCGCGUGCCAAGGACCUUCGGAACCGAUGGAAGUACGCCGACAACGACUUGGAACCUCGGCGAUUCAUGCCGGCACCGCUCGAAGCCUACAAUCUCGAGCAGAUAUUGGAGAUUAUCUUUGCGGCCUUCGACCAGGCAUUCUUUGUGGCAGAAGAGUACGUUCGCCAGAGAGGUUUGGGUAUGGACGAGGGAGGACCCGUGAGCGCUUACGACUGGAUGACCGACUCUGAGGACUGGGAUUUCAUGGUGGACGCAAUGGACUGGCAGGCGGUAUAG